CUCUAUGGUGAAAAGAAAGAUUGUCGCAUGGUGAUUUCGCCAUUUCCUUUAGACGUUUGCUUGAGUGGGAGCGCAUCGCUACAGAGCAACAUGCCGAAGUUUUAUUGUGAUUACUGUGAUACUUACCUCACUCAUGACUCACCAUCUGUGAGGAAAACCCAUUGCAGUGGCAGGAAACACAAAGAAAAUGUGAAAGACUACUAUCAAAAAUGGAUGGAAGAACAAGCGCAGAGCCUAAUUGACAAAACAACGGCUGCAUUUCAACAAGGCAAAAUUCCCCCUACUCCAUUUUCUGCUCCACCUCCAGGAGGAGCUAUGAUACCACCACCACCUAAUAUCCCGGGUCCUCCACGGCCUGGUAUGAUGCCAGCACCCCACAUGGGUGGACCUCCAAUGAUGCCAAUGAUGGGGCCACCUCCCCCAGGAAUGAUGCCAGUUGGACCCGCUCCAGGAAUGAGGCCGCCCAUGGGAGGACACAUGCCAAUGAUGCCAGGGCCACCAAUGAUGAGACCCCCAUCCAGACCCAUGAUGGUGCCAACCAGACCAGGAAUGGCUCGUCCAGAUAGAUAAAGUGGAAGUGGGAGCACCAUUCUGCCUGUAUUUUAUGAAUGUCCUUCUGUGACAGAAAGCCCUGGGAGUUGCAUUGCCCCAAACACCAAGAAACUUCAGUUUGCAGGCUUAAAAUGGGUGAGGGAGGAGGUGGGAGAAGCAGAAUAUUGGACUAAAACCUUGUAACAUUUCUGAAAUAGAUUUUCUUGCCCAUUGUUAGAAUAAAAUAUUGAUACUUGUUA